AUGCUAGCCAUGGCUUCCAGCAACAAAAUUGCUGUUGAAGUUCCCGGUUGGAUUCAAGUUUUCGAGGAUGGAACUGUGGACCGAACUUGGACUGGUCCACCUGAGGUCGGAUUCUUGUUGAAACCUGUCCCACGCCAUGAAAAAUUCGUAGCCGUUCGUGACCAAAUUAUCGAUCCAAACAAUGGUCGUGCUGUCCGAGUCUACAUUUCUGAGACGAACUGCAAUGUCCAAAUUAAAGCUAAGCUACCCUUGAUCCUUCAUCUUCACGGUGGCUGCUAUUGCGUUACCCAACCUGACUGGGCCUUAUACUUGGCUCUAGCUGUUAUUGUCUCGGUCUACCUUAGGCUUGCCCCCGAACAUAUGCUCCCAGUUGCGUUCGAGGAUGCAAAUGCUGCAUUGCCCUGGCUCCGUGCCAAUGCUUGCAGCGAAUUAUCUGAUCAAUGGCUCACGAAUUACGCCGAUUUUACUCAAAGUGUUUUUGGUCGGUGA